AGUAAAUAGUCAGAACAACUCGCUCUCUCUCUGAGCAGCAGACACAAGGGAGUCAGCCACAGCAAGGAAGUGCUCUUAAGACACCGAGACAAAAGACUGCAUUAAAAACAAUCCUGUGGACAUUUUUCAAACAGGAUCUUACAUGACCGCUGCUCCAAGAGGAACAGACGCAUCGAGAGAUUUAGAGCCGUCGAUUGCCAGCUAUUGGAAUUGUGCUUUUUAUAAUUAUUAACUUUGAAGAACACUUUUUUUUUUUAAAUCCCUGGAUAUUUCGAAAUUUACUCUUGGUUUUGUUGUCUUUAUCGCUAAAGAUGAUGCGUUAACGCGUUUAUGCCGCAGCGGAUAUGUCUGACACGUCCAGAGAGCAAACGCCGGGUAAUGUCCCGGCGUCGCGGGGAAGUGGAGAGAGCGCCGGUGUCGGAGCUGCGUUGCGCCCCGGGCACUUUGACUUCCCUCAGCCGAGCGAUGGGGACCCGUUAAGGGGAGGGAUUGCCAUGUCGAAUAGUCACCAGUCGAGGUCACCGAUGUGCCGAACCUUCUCCAGGUCCUCUAGUGGCUAUUUUUCCGUCGACAGCGAUUCUGUGCCGGGUUCUCCGCUAUUGCCCAAUAUUUCCGAAGCGCAAGACGACCAAAAUGAUGAGGUAUGGUUUGCCGAACCUAGCCACCAGCACGUGCAGAUGGCAGCACCUGUGGGAGCCAUGGGGCCGGAGAUUUCGGUCGCUCGGGAGCUGCGGCGCAUUGGAGACGAGUUCAACCGCUUGUACUGUCAAGGGGCCGGUGCAGGUGGGAACAACAGAGCCCAGCUGCAUGCUCCCAAUGAACACGCCAUCAUCAUGUGGAUGAACGACCUUAUCGGACGUGUAGUACAGUUUUUCCUGCGAAGAAGAUGAUUGACACAUUGAACACCCAGCAGACGUGUAGCAGACAUGUAGCAUUGUACAUAACCCCUCACCUGACUGUAUAUAUGUACAUAUUAAGGAAUAACAGCAGUGCUGCUCUUCCGCAACCUCUCCGGGUUUCGGCGUACAGUUUUGGACCUGUCGGGAUAUGUGCAGACCUGGACGGAUACAUAAAUCGGGAACCCUCGGCCAUCCAUAGACUGACUCACAGCAGAGUUUCCUGCGUUCUCAUGGAAAGCUGAGCCAUUACAUGCUGUGUUGACGUGGAGGUUUUUCUUGAACCCCAUGUGGAGUGUGGAAAAGGUGCCUUUAUUGCCUGUUUGCCUUUGACACAUCUAUCUUUUUUGUCUUUACCUUGUCUUUUUCUUCAUUGCUUUUAUAUUUAUUUUCACUGUAUUUAAUUUGUACAUUUUGUGUAUAAUUUCAUGAACGUGGACGUUAGUCGGUUAGUGGUUCUGCCUGACCCUCAUGUGUUCAUUGUCUCCAAAUUUGCACUUGCAUUCGGUUUGUCUUGCAUUAGUCUUGCACUUGCAUUAGUCUGUAUAAAUCACAUGAAAUAGAAAAUUAUAAUCCCUUAACAGAAAAUGAAGUUGUAAUUGAAAAAUUUGUAAUUGAAGACAUGACCGAAAGCAUCAACUAUAUUUAGAAAUUUGACCUAUUUUGUCAAAAACCGUUUGCAGGAUAAGAUGAAUUACCUUCAGCCAGACUUUCUUGCAUUUGACGUCUGAAAUAUAUCCUCACUUCACUUUAAACCCAAAUAAUUAAAGGCUUUUCCAAAUGACCCGUGUCAAUCCCAACACAUCAGGAAACUUUGAAACUUUUUUAACCUUUGGUACAAAUGGGAGGGACACAUUUUAAAACAUAAAGAUUGACUCAUGAAUAUUAAUUAAGGGAUAUGAUGUUCACUCAGUAGUUUAUACUGAUUUGAGUAUGCACCAGUGUAAGUUAUAGUAUGGCUGCCACUUCUCAUUUUAGCGCGCUGCUGAUGCAGUUAUUUGGAAGAAACUUCUGCUGCAGAUUUGCACUGUAGUCAAGCAAAAAUAACAAAAAGAAUUAUUAUUUCCCCAAAUAUCCCAUCCUUAAGGUGGCUCUGUGAAAUUUCGUGGACAAAAUCCAGUCAUUUCAAUUGGAAUUCACACAAUUGGGAGUUUCGCAUGAGAGUAAAAAUAAAGUUCUUUACACAGAUUUAACUAGUGUUCAAGUUGGUCACGUGAAAUUCGUUGUUUUUACUGACAGAAAGCUGCUUGGUUUGAAAGUGACUUCUUUGUGAGCGACAAUGGACAAUUGACCUUUUUUUGACCAGUGAAAUUUAACUGUUGUAACCGUUGAUACGGCCUUGCCUUUAACGUAAUUUCAAAUGAUAUUAACUUGAACCCUUUUUGCUGCUGAACUUUCAAAGCAUGUUAUAUACAACACAACAUCUUGAGCAGUAAAGUUUCGUGAACCUACAUUUUCUUACCAAGCUAGCCAAGAAAAUUGCUUUGCUGUUAUGCCGUCUGCAGCUCUUUUAAUGCAAAGGUCAAAGUGCCGCUUUAUGCUUGUGUUUAAAAGUGAGAGUCAUGUGAAAAGGUCUUACAAACACCUUAAGGUACUCAUAAGAUAUAACUCAAGCAUUGCUUUAUGUUAUUGAAUACCUAAAUAAAUCAGAUUGGACAGGCAAAGGUAGUGUGUAUUUGUAACUAAUAUGGACACGUGUUGUUUUGACACCAUAAACAUUCCACAUUUGGUAUUUCGGUUUUGUCAGAUUCCUUGUUUGGUCUGUUUGUUUUUUUAUUAGAGAGCAAAAGUGACAUUUGUUCUUGUAAUUGAUGAUUCCAUUAAUGUCCAAACAGCAUGAGAUUAUGUGUGAAUCUAGUUUAGGUCAGGGGUUUUUAUUUGGAAUAGCUUUCUCCCAAAGUGGAAGAAACUACGUUUAAGUGCCUUGCUCAAAGGCACAGUGUUGAUAGUUCAGGAUUUUAUUCACAGAAACGUUGUUUUUGGUUGCACCAAAUUUGGGAUUGAAAUUUGCAACCGUUCUAGUUAAUUGCCCAUGUCCACAUUAUAACCACUGUUCAACUCCAGCAUUACCCCGAGUCUAACAAACUGGCCUCACUAAAUGACCUUUAACAGCCUCAGGGAUUAAUGGAAAUACACCUGUGUAGAGUUCUUGAACAAACCAGUCUUCCGUCUUUACUUUGGCUUGUAGAUUCACUUCCUGGCUUUGCCUUUUAAUGCCAUUGUCCCAGUAUUCCAGUAAUAAGUGCACAAGGCUCAGGACAAGUCGUCUAGUAUGUUGGUAUAACAAUGAUGUGUUUUUUGUAGUUGCAAAGAUUUAAAUAUGAACUGAUGUUUUGACUACCUACCAUGAAAGGUAUUGCUGAAAGUUUAAGGAGUUGGUUAGACAACAAUUCCACGUGUGGAAGAUGCAUGGCCCUGUGUUAUCAUAUGCAUUUGUUUGUUUAUCAGUUUGUUGCUCUUUGCCAAAAUUACAAUGUUGAGCUUGUCUACCGUUCCUGGUUUACCACUUGAACCAAAGACCUCCUUUUUCAAUGCUUAGCGCAUUGUGUCAUGUUGCAUGCUUUCCUUCUCUGCCUCUGCCGAAGGAUUCGGGCAGCAUUCCCGUUCUUAAGCCCCCCCAUGGUCAACCUGUGUAUGUCUCACUGGACCUGAGUCUUUUCAGUCCUGUUGCACUGAACACCCGCAUUAUCCGAUCUGACGCCACCCAGGACCCAGUACAUUUGUAGCACAAUGAUAAUUUGUUUUUAUUUGUUUGUAUGAUUGUUAAUAUGUGUAUUUUUGUAUUUUGCACUGAACCAUUUAUGUGCUAAUUUGUGCAAUACUGCUGUAAAUAAAAGCCGCUUUUUCAACUUUCUAAAAACA